AGCGUACUCCUCUUCCGAAUCGCCCGUUCCCGUCUUCCCCUCGCCACGUCCUGCUCCGUAGUGUUCCGUUCCCCCCUCUCGCGGCUUCUUCUCGCGAACACCACCACCGGCAUACUCGCCAGCGCAGCCGCAGCCGCAAGCGCCGUCCAUGGAGCCCGCGCCGCUCUCGUCGCUGCAGGAGGAAGGCGAGGGGGAUCCCGCCGGGGAGGACUCGUCCGCCUUCUCCCCCGCCGCCGUCCCGCCCCGCCCGGCCACGCACCACUCGCUCCAAAAGUACGCGCCGCUGGACUGGUCCGCCUACUUCGACGAGGAGCGCCGCGUCGCCAUCCCCGGCACCGAUGACGUCUUCAAUGUGUACACAGCCGGAUCGGAGGGCCCCGUCGUGUUCUGUCUGCACGGAGGCGGCUACUCGGGGCUUUCAUUUGCUCUAGCAGCACGUCAAAUGAAGGAAAAAGCCCGUGUUGUUGCCAUGGAUCUACGGGGACACGGGAAGUCAACAACAAGCAAUGAUUUGGAUUUGUCCAUCGAAACUCUUACCAAUGAUGUCAUAGCCGUGAUACGUGCCAUGUAUGGAGAUUCACCACCAGCAAUUAUACUUGUUGGACAUAGCAUGGGUGGUUCAGUGGCUGUACAUGUGGCUGCAAGAAGAGAAAUUCGAAAUCUUCAUGGGCUUGUCGUCAUUGAUGUUGUUGAGGGAACAGCAAUGGCAUCACUGGUUCAUAUGCAGAAGAUCUUAUCCAAUCGGGCACAGCAUUUCCCUAGCAUUGAAAAAGCAAUUGAAUGGAGUGUCAAAGGUGGGCCAUUAAGAAACAUUGAGUCUGCUCGUGUGUCCAUUCCGUCUACCUUGAAAUAUGAUGAAUCACGGGAAUGCUAUACAUAUCGCACUCCUCUUGAGCAAACAGAAAAGUACUGGAAAGGAUGGUAUGAAGGUCUUUCAGACAAGUUCUUAUCUUGUCCAGUGCAAAAGAUCCUGUUAUUAGCUGGCACUGACAGACUGGACAGAGCUUUAACAAUUGGUCAAAUGCAAGGAAAGUUUCAAAUGGUGGUGGUUCGGCACACUGGGCAUGCCAUACAGGAAGAUGUACCUGAAGAGUUUGCAUCGCACAUACUGAACUUCAUAUCUCGCAACAAAAUAGGACCUAACGGUGUUGAGAUACCUGGCCUUAUUAAAAAAUGGGGACACUAGAUGGGAUGCACAAGGAACUGUUCCAGUAUUGACAAUAUUUAGAAAAAUGAUGAGUAGAUCUGCCUAAGCUAGGUCUUUUAAUAUGGAAGAAAAGUUCUGAGAUAAAGGUCCGUGAUGAUCAUGCAGGCAUGAGCAAUCAAUCGUUGGUUUCAUCAUUUGGAGGCGACUCCAGCGUCGCACGAAUUGCUUUUUCCGUGACAUGUUUUUGCGACGUGUGGGUGCCUUUUGUACUAGGUUUCUUAUAUGUUUGUAAGUAAAGCUGAGUGGAUUAUAAUGCUUUGCAUGAAGUUUCACUCA